CGCCCGUUUCCUCCGAUUCUCGGGAUUUGAAGAUGGCUGCACAGUCAGCGCCGAAAGUUGUGCUAAAAAGCACCACCAAGAUGUCUCUAAAUGAGUGCUUCACUAAUAUGCUGAAGAGCAAACAGCCGAUGCCAGUGAACAUUCGCGCGUCGAUGCAGCAGCAGCAGCAGCAGCAGCUAGCCAGUGCCAGAAACAGGAGACUGGCCCAGCAGAUGGAGAAUAGACCCUCUGUCCAGGCAGCAUUAAAGCUGAAGCAGAAGAGCUUAAAGCAGCGCCUGGGUAAGAGUAACAUCCAGGCACGUUUAGGCCGACCCAUAGGUGCCCUGGCCAGGGGAGCGCUUGGAGGACGAGGAGGCCUGCCCAUAGUCCAAAGAGGCUUACCCAGAGGGGCACUACGUGGAGGAAGAGCCACCAGAGCCCUCCUGAGGGGUGGAAUGUCCCUCCGAGGUCGGGGUAUGAUAGGUCGGGGAAGAGGGGGCUUUGGAGGCAGAGGCCGUGGCCGUGGCCGAGGGAGAGGAGCCCUCACUCGCCCUGUGUUGACCAAGGAGCAGCUGGACAACCAGUUGGAUGCGUACAUGUCAAAAACUAAAGGACACCUGGAUGCCGAGUUGGACGCCUACAUGGCGCAGACAGAUCCUGAAGCCAACGAUUGAAGCAUGUAUGCCAGCCCUCCUGUGAGAGACUCUUGUUAAAGUCACCACAUCCAAAACAACCUCGACAUAACAGAUGAGAAGAACCCUGACUGAGGCUGGAGGACCUGUCACAAUAGGCUGUGGACUCAACUUGCCACCAGUUUGUGCAUUUAGUCUGUUCUUUUACUUUGUGAUACUGUGUUGUAUGAAACCCUUUUCUUUGAUUUGAUUGAGUUUGUUGGUCGUUCUUCCCCCCCCCCCCGGCACCCAGACUUCUUUUUGAAUAGGAAUAUACUGGCCUUAUAGGUUGAACACUUCCAACACCUGCCAUGCUCUGACAUUCUAAUAUUUCCUCUUUUUAUCUCUGUUCCUCCACAAAAAAAAGUCCCAGAAAGAGCCAGUGUUGCUUCCUAAUGCUGGUUUCUGGGGUAGAAUUCUGUUGUGUGUCCUCUUUAAUAGCUCUGGAAAUGUUCAAAUUUGGAUCUCCAAGCUGUAUUCUGCUGUGAUAGUGUAGGUAGUGAAUUGGGAGUGUUGAUAUUGCUACAGGGCCACAGGACGAGUUACACAUGGUGGCCACUUAGAUUUAAUGGACGUUGGUACCAUCCACACCACAUAAUGGGACCCAGCAGUAAGCUUUCUUUGUGUCCGAGGGGUCUGGGUGGCUCAUACCUGCGUGGUAAAGGCAGAUGUGGAAGAAGGGGUGUGGUGGAGAAAUGGUGGCAGACAGGGCCUCUGGGAGGGGCCAGAGGUUACCGAUGCUGGAAUGCAGUUAUCUUGGUGUUUGCCCAAAGCCAGUCUUGGUGUAAUCCACAUGGUUUCUUUGACCUCUAUCCCUUGAAAGUUUAAGUUCAACUAUUUUGUCAGCUGUUCCAGUUUCAGUGGAAUCUUGUAUUUCAGGUUCAUUAUAACAAAUUGUUCUCUCAAAUUCAA